AUGUUGCGAGGAGCGACUUCUUCGUCGUUAUCGUCAAAGAGAUUAUUCGUCUCGAGCAAGAAGAAAGAGAAUGCGACGACGCUUUCGAGGAGGAAAAGGAGUGCUUUUACGACGACUUCGGCGUCGUCAAACAUGGGAAAAGACUUCGUCGAAUCGUUCUUCGACGUCGCAGAUUUCCUCUCCGGCGCUUCAUCUUUCGGGACUUCCGAACUCGCCGAAAACAUCGGUCGAGACUGUUACGUGGACGUGAACGGAUGGCACUUGUUCCUGAAAGAUAUGAAACCUCAGGGAAGUUUCCACCAAGGGUUGGCGAACGUGGUCAUUGGAACGAUCGUGAAAAACGGGAAGAAGUGCUCCGAGGAAGACAUGACGGAGAUUUUGAAAACGGUGAAAGUGCCGUUGGGUGAAGGGAAGAUGGAGGCGAGUUUGUUCGAUUUGAUGCCGAAGAGGUGCGUGGAUGAUUUCGUCGAUAUAGCGAAGAGAUACGCGGAUGAUUUGUGA